ACCGCUCCCCACGCUGACUGGGCCGCCUCGGUUCGUCGGCUGGCAGGGGCUUCGGGUCGGGCCCGGGCGCGGGCGCCCCAGAAGGGGCGGUUCGCCUGGACGGCGGACAGCGAGCGGGGCCUGGAGUUGCAACCCGGGCCGGUCGCAGAGGCAGGCGGGGCCCAGGUGGCGUGGACCGCCCGUCACCAGCUCUGCCUCGCCAGUCUGAGUCCGACUUAUUAACUAGCUUCCGUCAUUCAUCAACACGCGCUAUUGGGCAUCUUGCGAGCGCCGGGCUCCGCGCCGGCGCCGGAAUGUGACCCUGGCUUCGGACUCGAACGAAUGAGGGGAAUGAGCCAACCCUGGUCGGGGAGGCUGGGGCGGACGUGUUUAUUGGAAGAUCGGGGCCGUUUGCCUAGACGUGAACAUUUGGACUCGGAGGAGCAGAGGGACGCCCCUCGGCCGCUCCGGCUGCACUGCAGAGUCGAGGCCCGCGCGAGGGCGCAGACCGGCCAACCGGCUAGGGCCUGGCUGGCGGGACAGUGCCCGCUGCAGAGGCGCACUCGCAGCCCAGGGCGGGGACGGAAGGGUGGAUCCUGAGCCGCGUGAAAUGCUAGGCGCUCUUGUGUGCGCAGCGGACGCCCGAGGCGGGGCUGCGUCGGGGGCGGGGACAAGCGCGUCCCAGCCCCUGCUGCCGGAACGCCUGAACGCUGGGCGGCUGGUCUGCCGGACCUCAGCAGGGGGCACCGCGGGUCGGACUGCGGAGGGACGCACGCCCGGAAGCGGCGAGGGUAGCCAUGAUGGCCUACGGGCUGCGAGGUAUCUCGCUAGCCCUGCGCCCGACGAGCGGGUGAGUGCGGACGCCGACCGGAUAGCGGAGUGCCCAGGGCGCCUGCAGGGUCUUUGCGCCUGUCCGCCGGGACUCGCCUGUGCUCCCUGCUCGCUUCCCAGUUCACGAAUAUCGCAGGGAUGAGCCAUAUCUGAUUGUGACUCUUAUGCAUGAAAAUCUGAGCACCCUGGCUUCUGGGAAGUUGGCAGACGCAGAUUAGAAAUACUCACCAGCGAGCAUCAUUGUUGUCUUUCUGGGAACUCAUUCCCAUGAGAUCAGAACCUCUUCGAAAGAAGAAGAAGGUAGAUCCUAAAAAAGACCAAGCAGCAAAGGAGCGCUUGAAAAAGAGGAUCCGAAAACUGGAAAAGGCUAGUCAAGAGCUAAUUCCUAUUGAAGAUUUUAUUACCCCUCUAAAGUUCUUGGAUAAAGCAAGACAGCGGCCUCAGGUGGAGCUCACCUUUGAGGAGACUGAGAGGAGAGCUCUGCUUCUGAAGAAGUGGUCCUUGUACAAGCAGCAAGAGCAUAAGAUGGAGAGGGACACCAUCAGGGCCAUGCUAGAAGCCCAGCAGGAAGCUCUGGAGGAACUGCGACUCGAGUCCCCGAAGCUCCAUGCUGAGGCCAUCAAGCGGGAUCCCAACCUGUUCCCCUUUGAGAGGGAAGGGCCAUGUUACACACCACCGAUCCCUAACUACCAGCCCCCUGAAGGCAAGUACAGUGACGUCACCAAGGUGUACACACAAGUGGAGUUUAAGAGAUAGACUUGCAGGCUGCUAUCCUUAACAUGCUGCCCCUGAGAGUAGGAAUGACCAGGGUUCAAGUCUGCUUUCCACAGAAUUAGGCAUGCUGUUAAUAAAUACUGGUUUAGUCAAAA